GGCAGGGGGGUUGUAGUGGCGGUGGAAGAAAGGGAUCAGGGACAGAGCUUUGGUAAUACGUCGCGAGGGCGAAGCGAGGAGAGAAAAGGGGGCGCGGCGGCGCGCCGAAUCGUCGACGAGCAGCUCGUGAUACGUGAACGCACCAAACGCUACCAGCGGUUGGCCUGCAACGCGGAAAAUGGCAGAUUACACGCGCGAGGAACAACAAAUCCGGCGUUAAGCCCGUGCAUCGCUGGGAGCCGAAGAGGGCCUGACGUUGGGGUUUGGGGUGCCGCUUGUCCUAGAGAACCGAUGAAAUAUAAGGCCCGGCUGGAGUCUUUGCAUUUACAGGGAUAAUCAUGAAGGAGCUGUGGGGAGCUGAGAAACUCGAGGCCGAGCUCGAGGCCGCUAAGGACGAUCUCCGUGGUCUCGAAAAGAAUAUCAGGAAGAUUUUAGGCAGAGACGUGCCCGAGGGCGAGAAUGGCGCCGUUCAGACCGCUAAUAGGAUUAUGCAAAAGCGACCUUUGCGAGAAGAUCGACGAAGGCAAGUAACAGACUUUCAGAAUAAUGAGUUUGGACCUAAGCGACGAUGGCAAGGUGGUAACAAUACGGAGCCAAAAACUGUGUUUAGUCGACUAAGUGCUAGAGUUCCAUCUACUGCCGACGAUAGUGGUGACGAGGAUGACAAUGCAUUUAAGCCUGCGGUGUCCUCUAGAGUUAUAGCUACACCCCGUGAAAUACCUUCGAGACAAGAUGUAAUACGUAGAGAGAGCACGGAUGAAAGGAGCAGACAGAGGAAUAAGCGAAUGUUUGGUGCGCUCUUAGGCACCCUGCAAAAGUUUCGCCAAGAAGAAACGAAGCUAAAAGCAAAGGAAGAUAAAAAGGCAGAAGUGGAAGCACGAGUGGAGGAAGCUAAACGGAGGGAAAAAGAGGAAUUAAAGCGAGAAAGACAGCAGUUAUUUUUUAAUCGAAAGCAGCAAUUAGCUCAAGUUAAAGCUCUUGAAGCGAAACUGGCCAGAAGUAAGCAAUUCCAGGAUUGGCGUGGUGCGCAAGUACCUCUUUUAAAUUUCAUUAAGACGAAAGCACAACCUGCUAUUUAUUAUUUACCAAAACGAAGUACACCUGAAACCGAUACAUUACUGCAAGAAUCUUCAAAAGAACUUAAAGCUGAAAUAGAUAGGAGAGAAAAAUCGUUAAUCGAUGAAUUGGAAUUAAUACAAGCACAAGUUGGCUUGGGAAAGAAUCAGUUAGAUAAAAAUAUAUCUAUCGCUGAAAAUCAAGAUCAGUCGUUAACAGAAGAACCGGACGAGGAGGAAAAUCGUGAUCCGAAUCCUGAGAAAAAUGGGGAUACAGAGAUGGUUGUCAUAGAGCCCGACGAUCAAACCUCAAAUCACAAUGAAGAUAUUAAUAUAAAGGUGGACUUGGAUAAAGAGGAACAAGAGAAUCAUCAUUUGAUCCUAGAAGAAAAAGAAGACAAGUUAGAAGAGAAUAAUGACUAGCGCUUGUUAUAAUUUUUUACACUGUAAAUAAAAGUAGCAAUCGCGUGUGUGCAAGUUCCGAGAAAAGAUAUAAAUUGAAUGAAUGGUUAUGUAUGCUUUGUAUUUGUGAAUUUCCAAGGAGGUUGUCAAACUCUACUAUUAUAGAUUUUUUAAUAUUUUUAUUAGUCAGAGUACAAUCCAGUAUAAGUCCGCAAGUAAUUCUUUUGCUAUCUGUGUGUAAAGCUUAGAUGUCCUAGGUUUCUUUCUGAAAGUUAAACAAAUGUGUAAAAUCUUUGUUUCCUUUAGUAAGUAUCUAUAUGCUUUCGAUUGAAAGCCAGCACUUAAGUUGUAAUAGUCAUUUUUAUAUAAAAAAUAAUUAUCACUUACAC